AUGCGACUUCCCCGCAUCACGCGCCGGGGUGUUUCGGAAAAGGCAUGGAAGCUCAGGUACAAGAUCCGCACUGCGCUCAAGAAGUCGGACAAGACGCUGGCCGAUUUUGCCUCGAGUUCGUCCCUCGGCAGCCCCGGCGACGCAAAGGGCGUCGGCAUAACGGGCGCGCCUGCUGAGGGCAAAGACAAGACAGCCGCUGAAGAUUCCAAGGAUGCCAAAGACGCGGGAUUCGGCGCCACGCCUGCCGUCAAGACUCUCUACGAGCGGCGCAACUCGUCCGACUCGUCCAUCGACUGGGUCGAUUAUCCCCCCAAGCAGAUGAGCAAGAGUGCUGCCCGUGCCCAGGACCGCGUCGCGAUCAAGCUCUACAAGGUGCGCGACAACGAGAAGCCCGUCGUUAGCGGCCGCUUUGCCCUCAAGACGUUCCGCAUCGACGUUCAGAACCCCCAGCUCGUCGCCGCCCUGGCCGACAUCCUGAUCAAGGAGAACGAGCACCUCGAGCCGAGCGACACUGCCACGUUCCGCGAGCCGUUCCGCAGCCUGUUCUUCUGCUACGAUGACAUUGUCGCCAAGUACCGCGCUGUGCCCGACGGCGACCAACUCAAGACCCACCUCCUGCUGCUGAUAAAGGUGCUCGACGAUGUCUUUAGCGAGUUGCGAGCCAAGCGUCGUGGUCUACUAGCCAGCGGUCUGAUAUCGUAUAAACUCGCCUGGACUCUCUUUCCAAAGGGGGCCGAAGUCAUUAGCUGGGGCCGGGGCAACAAUACCGAGCUUGUCCUCAAGAUUGUCGACACCGUGUUUAAGCUGGUUCCGCCGCCGGCCCAAAAUGUCUUGGUCAUCCGCUGCAAGGCCCUGCGCUUCAACGGCGAGGCCUUUGUUUGGCACGACAUUGACCUCGAGAUUGCUCCUUGGGAGGGCAACAAGCCCAUCACCGAUCUUCCCUACUACCCCCUGAGUUUUAUGCCCGAUGCCGAGCAGACCAAGAAAAGGCUAGUAGAGCGUGGCAAGAAAGUACUCGAAUACCAGGGUCUGACAUACUGCCUGUAUUCUGGUAUUGGCAUCUAUCACGAGGACAAGAGACUCGAGAAGCACAACGUCGACGGCAGGAUCCUAAUUGACGUCGUUGGGUUUAACAAACAUCACUUGGCACAAGGCAUUCGCGAGGGCAAGGAUCCCGAGACGAGAAAGAAUAUGGUUCGCGGGACCGGUCGUCCAACACAGCCGCCAGACCGGAAAGCCCUAGAGAAGGCCAAAAUUUCGAAGCGGCUUGACGCAAAAGAGCGGCAGAAGAACAAGGAGGCUAUGCUGGAGCGAGAGAGCGAUUUGGUUUUUAUCUCGCCGCUGAUCGAUGGUUAUGCGCUGAAGAACAAGCUAUGGCUGUCGUUCUACGUCGAGGACAUUAAGCCUAUGGCCUGGAACGACGAAGCGUUUGGCCACCUGGUCUACGACGAGCAGCAGAAGGACCUUGUCCUCGCGUUUGUCGAGAACCACAACCGCUCAGCACCGCUGUUGGGUGAUGUGAUAAGGGGCAAGGGUGAGGGUCUAAUCGUCCUUCUCAGCGGGCCUCCCGGAACAGGGAAAACGCUGAUGGCUGAAGCUGUUGCCGACCGUACCCACCGGCCGCUGUUCUACCUACAGGCCGAAGACCUGGGCAUCAACGCAGCGGCGCUCGGCUAUAACGUCAAGCGCGUCUUCCAGAUGGCGACGGAGUGGAACGCCGUUAUCCUACUCGACGAGGCCGACGUAUUUAUGGCGGAGCGCGACCCACACGACAUUGCACGCAAUGAACUCGUGUCUAUCUUUCUACGCGAACUCGAGUACUUCCGCGGCAUCAUUUUCCUGACCACCAACCUGUAUCAGACCAUCGACUCGGCCUUCCGUAGUCGCGUGAGCCUACACUUGCUUUUCAAGCCGCUGACCAUCGAGGCCCGUGAGUCAGUGUGGCGCAAGUUUCUGGAGAGACUUCCCUGGCCCGUGCGGGGAGAAGCCCAAGUGGAAAAGGGGUCGAGCGACGACAAAGAAGAGUACCAAAGCCAAGAGGAUGUCGCUACUGCCACGGAUGGGGUGAAUGGCGAGACAGAAACGAAGGACUUUGCAGCAGACGCCACCCCCGACUCAGCCAACACUCCCAGCUCGCCACCCGAAGCAGCGAGUACUCGCAAAGAAGACGAUAAAAAUACCAGCACCACGUCAUUCACCGCCAAUAAUAUAGCCGCAAAGUCCGAACCGGAACAGGAGCAGCACGACACAGACGACGACGUCCGCACAGCGGCCACCUUCCUCUCGGAGGAGGACUUCCGCGAGCUGGCCGCGUGGCAGCUCAACGGGCGCGAGAUCAAGAACGCCGUCAAGAUGGUCAAGGCUUGGUGCGAUGCCAAGGGCUACGAGCUGACGCUAGCCCGGCUCGAGAACGGGGUCCGCGUCACGAGUCCCCACGCCUCCAAGCUGAUGCACGAGAACGACACGAGUCUGUACGACGACUGA